UAAAAGGAAUAACUUGCGCAGAAUAUCAAUACAUUUGUAGCGGAAACUAAAAGAAAAUAUGAAACUAUUGCAUAUAACUUUGGUCUAUGUCUGUAUUAUUUUUGCCGGUGUAAUGGCUUUUCCGGAAAAUUAUUCAGCAAUUGGCGUUUUCAACUCUGGUAUUAUUAGACAAGAUAAGACGAAUGGAAAUAGUAUAAUACAUAAUGUUGCUAAUAACGGUUAUAUUCAUCAAGGAGGUUCUAAUGGAAAUAGUUUAAUAACUAAUACUGCCAACAACAAUUAUAAUAACCAAAGAGGAUCAUAUGGAAAUAGCGUUAUAUCUAACGUUCGUAAUAACGGUUAUAUUAAUCAAAGAAAAACAAAUGGAAAUAGUAUAAUACAUAAUGUUGUAAAUACCAAUUAUAUUAAUCAAAGAAAGAAUACAAAUGGAAAACCCAAUGUCAUACAGAACAUUGUUAACCAUCAUGUUAUUGAUCAAUGAAAUCCGUUUACAAUUGAUGAACAUUAAUGUAGAGGGAAAUUGGAAUGAUUGUAUUAAUUUCAAGUAAAAAAUUUUGUUUAAUUUUAAAAAGACCAAUAAAAGCUAAAACUGCAAGAAGUUA